CGGACCUAUUAACCCAAAACCAAAUGCAGAAUAGUGGAAUACCAGUAUACCCGCUCAAAAUUAGGCAGAAAGACUGAUAAAUUUAUCCGUUGUCGUCAGUCGUCAUGGGAAAAUCUUGAAGCGAAGAAGUGAAUAGUGAAGAGCGGCCUCUAACCCAUUGAAGUGUGAAGGAUGCUGUGUCUAAACUCUUCCCUUCUUAAUCUGCCUGCUUCUAUUGCUAAAGAACCCAUCUUUCCUUCUUCCCAGCAAUUGCUCCAUUUUCCAAACAGCGUUUUCCAGAAAAGAAUACAAUGUCAGCCCCGCAGAUUCUAUAUUUUGAGGUGCACACUUGGUAGAGUUAAAAACCCUCCUCCCUCCAUGUCUGAUUCCUUAAUCACACGAGAACCCCAUAAAUACUUUGAUGAAGUCAUCAUCACAGUACGCUCUGGAGAUGGUGGUCAUGGUGCAAUUCUUAGCAUGCCAAACCAGACUUCUCCCUCCAAGUCAAGUGGAAAAUUCAACAAGGAGAAGGUGAUGAAGAAAAGUUCAUAUAAAAGGGAUUUUGACGGCUCAGUUAUCCUUCCUAUGGGAGGUCAUGGCGGUGAUGUGGUGAUUUAUGCAGAUGAGAGCACAGAUACACUAUUGGAGUAUCACAAGAAGCGUAGGCAUAAUGCCAAGCGUGGGGGAAAUGUUGCUGCCAUGGGAAUGCUGACUUCUCAAUUGCAUGACGGACUAGCUGCCCCCACACUGCGUAUCCCCGUCCCUGUAGGCACAGUUGUUAAGCAUAAAAGAGGAAAGCUGCUGGCUGAUUUAGCCCUUCCAGGCAGUGAAGUUAUCGUUGCAAGGGGUGGUCACGGAGGGAUUAGCUUGUUAGAAAUUCCAGAGCACAAAAGAAAAAAAAUGACAGUUUUAACCACAAAUGUGAUGAGAGAUGAAAAUGAUAAGGUUUUAGUUCAUGGUCAGCCGGGGGAGGAAGUGAGCUUGCAGUUAAUACUACGAGUUGUUGCUGAUGUUGGUCUUAUUGGUCUUCCAAAUGCUGGGAAAUCAACUCUAUUGGCAGCCAUUACACUUGCAAAACCAGACAUAGCUAAUUAUCCAUUCACAACUUUGAUGCCAAACCUUGGCCGCCUUAAUGGUGACCCUACUCUAGGGUCAGCAGAGUUUACCUCUGGAGCAACCCUAGCAGAUUUACCUGGUCUCAUUGAAGGAGCUCAUUUGGGAAAGGGACUGGGACGCAAUUUUUUGAGACACUUAAGGAGGACACGGUUGUUAGUCCAUGUUGUUGAUGCAGCCGCUGAGGACCCUGUAAAUGAUUAUAGAACUGUAAAAGAGGAGUUGCGGAUGUAUAAUCCUGAUUAUCUUGAACGACCAUACGUUGUUGUUUUGAAUAAGAUUGAUAUUCCUGAGGCAAUGCAUAGGCUUAAACAUGUAACCGAAGAGAUUAACCAGAUUGGGUGUGAUAUUAGAGUGGCUCGUCAAAAGCUCUCUACUAAAAUGGGUCAAGAUAAUGACGAUCAAUCUUCCGAAAUCUCGUAUAAGGAACAGUUGGUUAAAACAAUUGAAGAAUAUCCACGCCCUCUUGCAGUUGUGGGGACCAGUGUUCUGAAAGGGAUCAGAGUGAAGGAGAUGUUGAACGAGAUAAGAGCCGCUUUGCGGAAAUGCGGAGACUACGAGGAGGCUUAACAUUCUGCCAUCUCGGGGUUUUACCAUUUGCACUUGCUGUUUGCACUUUUGUUGUGGCAUGUUGGUAAGUAACCCUUCCUAUUCAUGAUAAUUGGUCAGAUGUAUUAGAUUUAGACGAUGAGGGUAAGGACCGAGGCCUUGUAACAUAUUUUUGGCAUCUAAAACCAUCAUUAAGUUCUCAUGUGUCAUCUUUGCAUUGUGACUUAGGACCAAACAAUUUAAUGCUAUCGUCAUAGACUCAUAGUUAUUGUGUAUUCCGUCCCAUUCCUUCCUGCUGGUGCCGUUACGUGAUGAAGUGGUCCGAUGAUGUCUCCCUCGAGUUCACCCUUGACCUGCACAGAGGGUGUCUUCAAAGAUGGCGCUUGUUUUCUUUUUAAAAUCUAUCAUGAGAGUUUGUUGUAUCUUGUUUGCCAAAGCUGGUCCGACCAACUACAGUUCAGUCUGUUUUGAUAGUGGUUCAUUUUUUAAUUUGGUUUUCGGUUUCAUGAACCCACCCUUACUUAACCCGUCAUUUAAUGCUUCAUCUAUUGUAACUUGCUUUCCUGUUUUUUUUGGAUGAAAUGUAAAUUUGUAUUAACACCCAAAAGAAAACUAUACAUCAUGGGUUUUAGAUCUCCUAACCCC